CUGAGGUAGAAUGCCAGCUAAGUUGCUAACGAGCUUAGACAUCAUUAAGUCAAUAGAAAACAUCGUUGUUAAAUCUUCUUCUUUUGUCUUUCAGUCUUUUUCUAAUUUUUACGAGUGAUCUAGCUUGUGGACCAAAAGCUAACACCCGGAUUCUUGAGUGUGUAGUUUAAUAAACGUAACAUGGGAGGGUGAAGAUAAGCAAUUAGCUACACAGUUUAGAAGGGGAGCCACCCACUGAUGUAUGAACACAGGGAUCCACCACAGAGGCAGCAGUCAGCAGGGCUCGAAGGAGGAACAAGUGCCCAAACCAGGACCAGAAGAAGGUCGGGGAGCCACGGAUCAGAGUCGAUGGGGGCAACGAUGGGACCCCUUCUCCACUGGCUGCACGAUGUGGCAGCUGUGACUCUCCUCAAAGCCCGUCGGACUCUAUUUCAGGCUGGCAUCCUGUUUUGUGUCCUUGGGCUGCUGCUGUGGGUGUCCAUCUUUCUCUAUGGAAGCUUCUACUACUCCUACAUGCCCACUGUCAGCUUCUCCACGCCUGUGCACUUCUACUACUCCUCUGAUUGUGAUGUCUCUGAGCAAGUGCUUUGUUCAUUCCCCAAAGCCAACAUCUCUUUUAUGAAGAAUGAGAGAGACCAGGUGAUGGCUUACGGCCAGCCUUAUCGCAUAUCUUUGGAGUUAGAGAUGCCAGAGUCCCCUGUGAAUGAAAUGUUGGGUAUGUUCAUGGUCAAGAUGUCUUCGUAUACCAAGGGUGGGAAGACUGUCUCAUCAGUGGGACGAUCUACAAUGCUGCAUUACCGCUCCAGCCUCCUGCAGACGCUCGGUACUUUACUGUUCUCUCCUUUGCUUCUGAGUGGGAUGGCUGAGCAGAAGCAGCUCAUACAAGUUGAGCUCUUCUCAGAAUACAAGACAAAUGCUUAUCAACCAACUGUCGGUGCUGUCAUUGAGAUCCAGUCCAAACGAGUGCAGAUCUACUCAUCUCAGCUCCGUAUCCAUGCCUACUUCACUGGUAUACGCUAUGUUCUGUACACCUUCCCUCUGACAUCUGCAGUGAUUGGCGUGGCCACCAAUUUUGCCUUCCUCAGUGUCAUUGUGCUGUUCAGCUACCUGCAGUUCAUAUGGGGUGGGCUCUGGCCUCCAGACCAAGUAAGAGUCAGAGUUAUGAUAGGAGACAACACUCGCAUCCAACAGAGGAGAGAAGAGGCCCGGAAGCGCAUGGAGAGAGAAAAUUCACAGAAGGAACUUGAUGUUCCCAAAGUGAUUGGAUCUGUGAAUGAAUCUGAUUUCCAGGGAAGUGACACAGCGGCUGAGCUGUCCUCAAAGAAGCCCUCAGUUAUCUCAGAUGCCUCAGGGGAUGAUGCACCAGAUACCAAGGAGGAAGAGUCCCAUGACUCCAAGGAGCCUGAUGAGAAAGACGGCUCAGACGUGUUGGAUGGAUGCCCGCUGCCUCACCAGGGUGAGACAACCCUCCGACAGAGACCUGGACCCUGGAUGAGCCUGUGAACCAUGCCACCGCACACGCUUAAAGUACCUGUAGUGUAUGUUCAUUUGCCAUCUCAUUUCCCAUCACUCCUCAGCAGAUGGGAAGUGAUUUGGCAGAUACUGAUAGAUUCAAGUUAACCCACUGUUUAAUUGGCACAAAUACAAAUGCAUGAGAAUAUAUUACCUGUGUUGUAGCUAAAAAAACUACAGCUUAUUGUCUUGUCUUGAUAGGUUUACCUCAUAACUUUGACCUCUGCUCACCUCUUUCUGCUAAUUGUCUGCUCAGUGUACACAGUCCUGAAGACAACAGCACUAUUAUAGUCUUAUGUUUGUGCCACUUGUGUUUUGAUUGUGGCCAUAGCAGGAGGUUGCUACAUUCCAGCUCUGUGUUGUCCAACAUUAUUGUCAGCAGGAAUCUGGCAUUACCAUCAGCUGUUGUCCAACACUUUAACACACCCUUUUUAAGUCUGUUGAACCUGUUUGUGUUUUAUUGUUCUGAUGUCUGUAGGGUGGCACAUUGUCACAUCAUGGCCAGCUUACAAUAACUGAGUCACACAUCCUGACAAUCUUUACAUAUAGAUAAAAGUAGACAUUGACUCUUCUUACUUACCAAUUCAAACAUAAUUAGACUUGAUUGUAUUUGAAUGUAGCUGAUGUGCACUUGAAACAAAAAUUUCACUCUUGAUUUGAAAAUUCCAGAACUGUUUCACACCCUUUUAGAUCCACACAAACAUGCCUUGUGAUAUGUUUUUUUCAGAAGUUCUGUCAUAGCAAUUAGUUUUGGAAAAUUUGCCUUAAAAAGUGUCUUUGUUUUUAAUAACUUACCGGAAAAAAAAUCCAAAUGGUCCAGCAUGAGGAAUUAAAGGAAUUAGUUGAAUUUUCUUUUCAUCGUGCAAAUAGAGACGUUCUAUCUCAGUGCAAUGGCUGACUUAACUGCCGUGGCACAUUAAGUCAGGGGUUCAACGCUUCUACAAAGUUGGUUUUCAUUCCAUCUGACCAUUGUAUUCAGUAUCUGUUACAGUGCAGUUUGCACUCUGCGGUUUAAUGUUGUGAACAUAUGUAUUUAUUUGUGUGUUUUCAUCACAACAAAGAACCAAGAUAUUUUAGAUGGGUCUUUUAAGAAAUAUAUAUGUUUGUUAAUAGGUCUGUUAAUAAAAACAUGUCUGUAACAUCAAGGAACAUACAGUAUGAGAGGGAUAAGGGGAGAUACUGUUGUGACGUUGGCUCUUGUUGGUAAAGCUAAUGAUGAUAAGGUAAUGUAGGAAUUGUUUGGAUAUAGCUCAGCCUCCAUGUGUUUAACCUACACUUCAGGCGAGUUUAGGGUUUAAGCAAGUAUAUGUAUGGGUUUGUUCAAGUUGUGUUGAUAUAGGAUUUUGUACCAAAGAUUAAUAAGAAGCACUCAUCACUUGGUUAUCCUCAAUUCUGUCUUUUAGAAUAUUCUUCUAAAUGCCUCUGAAGUUACAUAGGUGUAUGUUAUUUAUGCACUGAUACUGAAUUAAACAAAUAA